AUGAUCAACACUCCCUCCUCCAAGCCUUAUAUUUACCAGCAAUUGCUUUCAAAUUCGAAAUUGAUACGCGUUCUCGAUGUCGACCCAGCGCAAACGAGCACAGCCGCCAUAGUUGGGAGGCUCCGUGUUGUCGACCUAGCGACAUCUUCAAGAUUCACAGCCCUCUCGUAUGUCUGGAGCUCGUCAGAGCCAGAUCAAACCAUCGAAUGCAAUGGCAUGAACGUCGCUGUAUCUGCGAACGGUCAUUCUGCACUGCAGCAUCUACGAACAAGUCUCGGAUCUUAUACAAUAUGGAUUGAUGCGCUCUGCAUCAACCAAGCAGACACGAAGGAGAAAGAGCACCAAGUUUCGCUGAUGGGAGACAUAUAUUCGCGAGCUACGAAUGUGUACGUUUGGUUAGGUGAGGGUGACGAUAGCAGUGAUCGCGUAAUGGAGUACAUGAGGACAGCCGGUUUUCUUCACUAUUUUGCUGGGUGCACAAACAAUAAGAAGGGCUUAAGUCAACUGUGUCUCGCAGCUCUUUCCGGCAGCAUGGCACGGUAUAGUCUGACGAGGCAUCCCUUUCCUUUACGAGGUAAGAUCCCCAAACGUAUCCGUCUGACCACACUAAGUAAACCAAGCCUCCCCUGGCACAUGGAUAGGUCCUUUAGGCCCUACAGUUGUGCGCCUUUGGAACGGGAAUCCGAGUUAUGUAACCUUAAGGGAUGUCGAAAACUUAUUGCAUUACAAGUGGAUCACUCGGCUCUGGACCUAUCAAGAAAUCCUCCUUGCUGUCAACCCGACCGUCGUCUGUGGGAGGGCACAUGUCCCUUGGGAUCGCUUUGCAAUGAGCCUCAUCUUCCUUGA